UGGGUUGUCUUUAAGCACUCAUUGAUUAUCUUAGGUAGGACAUAUGGGAUAUAACAUGGGCUUUGGGUAACCUUUUUAUUCUGAUAUGUUUUUAAGGAUACCAGAAUUCCUUAGGUGGACCUGGCUCGUCCACAUUAGUUUACGUUGUGUUUAAUAGAUGAAAAGUGUGUUGUUGGGUGUUAGGCUACCUCAAAUAGCCUUUAAGUUACAGUAAGCUAACUGUAGCAUGCUAACAACAAAGUUUCACAUGCUACACAUGUAAAUAAAUGUAUAAAACGUUGCGGUGCUUUAUCUGAACAAUGUAUAAAUAUAUAUAAUUGUAGAAAAUUCGGGAUUAGUGUAAUCUCAAGUCGCAGUUUUGAUACAUUAAGCCCCAAACGGUAACCAUUGCGUUAGCCGUCCUUUAGUGUCCUCUUCACUAUGUAGUUUGAUAUUUGUCCUUUUUUUUAAACUCUCAGACCCUCGUGAUUUGUUAGCCGAAUGAAAAGGGGAACCGUUUUUGUUAAAUUCCUUCGAUAUUUGUCACGAUUUUUCAAGAAACUGCUGAACUUUAUCACAAUGCGUGGACUUUUAACGAAAGUCAUAAACAGAGUUUUGCUGAGUGAGCUCUUUACACCAGCGAUGGGCAUCGAAGCAGAGAUUCAUACAGAAGGCCGUCGAAAGCUGGUGGUGGGGCUGGGUAACCCGGGGAUGGAGGGCACCAGACACAGCGUGGGCAUGGCUGUGCUCGGCGCGCUCGCCGCACGGCUCGGCGUGGCCGAUCGCUGGCGUGCCGACAAGCAUGUGUCCGGUGAGGUCACCCUGUCAGAGGUCCAAAGCACUCAUGUGGUGCUGCUCCGUCCCAGUCUGCUGAUGAACGUCAACGGCGUGUCGGUGGCCAGAGCAGCUGGUAAAUACGGCAUCAAGCCCGAGGACAUCCUGCUGAUCCAUGAUGAAUUGGACAAACCUUUGGGGAAGCUCUCCAUCAAACAUGGAGGAAGUGCCCGAGGCCAUAAUGGAGUUCGCUCGUGUGUGGACUGUCUGCAGACUGAUGUGAUGCUCCGGAUCCGGGUCGGAAUCGGCCGGCCGGUGGGGAAAACGUCUGUGGAGCGCCACGUCCUGAGCCGCUUUUCCUCAGAGGAGCAGAAGGUUGUUGACUCUGUUCUGGUCCAAAGCGUGGACCUCCUCCUGUCUCAGCUCUCCGAGCAGGACUGGCCAGCAGGGGGCACACCGGCAGAGAAGAGGAGGGGGCGGAGGGGGCGCUCGGCCUCCCCUUUACAGGACUCUGCUGCGGCUCCGAGCUGUGGAACACAAAGUGCUGCCUAAAUGCACCAUGUUAAUAAAAACCUUUGAGCUGUACAGUCAUCUAUCUGCUCCCAGCAGGUCAUUUUUCCUUUUAAAUUCUGCCCCCUCCUUAUUACAAAGUGCUGUAAAACCAGUCUGAGGUCACCGGUGAGCCCAGUCGUUUUUUUUAGAGACUAAAACUCACUGAUUCAAGCCAGUUAAGUUUUAUUUACAGAACAAGUCACAAAAAGGGUUGCCUCGAUUCACUUCAAAAGUAAUGAAUCAGAUUAAAUGGAAGACAGUCACUAUCCAAUCAGGUCCAGUUAAUUUCAUUCCAAAUUUCUUCCCAUUCACUGUUUCCUCUCUAAGGAAACUAACAGAUCAGUGUCAACAUAAUCUCCAUGACGACACUGGUGAAAGCGCACCAGGUGACUAUGGGAGGAAAACAAUCCUUUUAAACCAUCAGAACCAGAACCAUCGUUCUGGACCAGGUGGGGGUUCAGAGGUCAGGAAAGAGGGGGGACGACCAGCACCGUGACACCAGGCCAGAGAUACCUGCUGAGAGGAGAGGGAGGAGAGGUGCAUCUGCCCCCCCACCCCCAAGCAGUCUGGGACUAUAGCAGCAGAGGGAGGAGAGGUGCAUCAU